CUCACAAGAUCCCACAAAUCAUUUUGUCACCAGCAAGCUGUGACAAGCAAAGGCAGAAAGUUGUUUAAAAAAAGGAGGCGUGUAGACGGGGAGCUGUGUCACAGGGAGGCGGAGAUGCAACAAAACUGAGGUGGAAGCCAAACGCAUGGAUAGACGGAAGACACGGACGGACACCCGCCAGCCUCCAGUGGUGCUGCUGAGUCUGGAGGAGAAGGUGUGUCAAAGUUCGGGAAAGAUCAUUUUUAGCUAUUGCGAGGGAGGAUGUACGUGAAAAGCUGCGGCAGGUCACAUGCUGUUGUUGCUCAAAAAGGGAGAAGAUCCUUUUCACAAUGGUCUCAGCGCCAGCUUGUGAGUGACUUUUAAAACGACUCAAAAUCUUGAAAAAGCUCAUCCGAUUACCCGUUUUGGGGGCUCCCGAGCUCAGCCCGAUUGGACAUGAGUGUGUUAAAUAGUCCGCAGUGAUGUGUUAAGGAGCAGAGGAAGUGGUGUUUUUGCUCAGCUGAGUGUAUAAAAAAAACGUGAGGAGAAACUGCCUGCUGAGCUGAACUACACUGAACUGACACAUGGAGGGAGGGUGGUUCUCUACUAGCACAAGGUCCAAAUAUUCUAUGGAGGUUAUUUAAAUAAUCAGUCUGCUUGUGAGUGACUGCAAGGCUUUUGACAGUUCUCACGUCAUUGUGUUACCUGCCUUGCUGAUUCAGGGGCUUCCAGUAGCCCGCCCUCCAGAAGACCCAAAUGUUAGGAGCUAUUCACAGUCCUGAACUUCCAAGACUCUCCACACUGCUUUAAUUGUUCUCUCUGAGGGUAAACACCUUGCGUCAGUCGCACCUUUCCGCCUGUGAUUCACUUCAUCCGAGCGCUCCAGGCCAGCCAGGAGAGAAGCGAGGAGCCAGGACUCGGCCUAGGCACAUCUCCAGUGGUGCGCCAUGAAACUGGCCCUUCUGAUCGUGGUGGCUGUCUACAUGGUGGCGCGGGGGAGCAGCAUGUCCACGUGCAAGACUCUGGAUUUGGAGAUGGUGAAGAAGAAGCGCAUCGAGGCCAUCAGGAGUCAGAUCCUCAGCAAGCUGCGUCUGUCCAAGGAGCCUGAGGAGGAUCCGGAGGAAGACGAUGAGGAGAUCCCCUCUACAUUGAUGUCGCUCUACAAUAGCACGAAGGAGAUGCUGAGGGAGCAGCAGACCCAAGUCCAGACAGACAUCUCUACCGAGCAAGAAGAGGAGGAGUAUUUUGCCAAGGUGCUCCACAAGUUUAACAUGACCAAAAAAAACUACACAGAGACCACCAAAAACUCCAAAAGCGUCUCGUUAUCCUUUAACAUCUCCGAGAUUCAGGGCAGUGUGGGCAACUACCGCCUAUUGACCACCGCCGAGCUGCGGAUACUCAUCAAGCAGCCCACGAUACUCAAAGAGCAGAGGGUGGAGCUGUACCGCGGUGUGGGCCCGUCAGCCCGAUACCUGGCGUCCCGCUUCAUCACAAACCAGUGGAAGGACAAGUGGCUCUCAUUUGAUGUAACGGAGACCUUGCAGGACUGGCUCCAACACAAACAGGAAGAGCAGGGAUUCGAACUUCGGCUCUUCUGCGAGUGCAGUCAAAGGAGCGCCGAUGCCACUUUCAGCUUCUACAUCUCCGGGAUCGACAACGACCGAAGCGAUAUCGGAAUAAUAAAGCAGAUGACCCAGCAGCCCCCAUUCAUCCUGACCAUGUCCAUCCCGCAAAGUGCCAGUGGUCAGCUCAGCUCACGGAAAAGACGCUCCACAGACACUCGAGACACCUGCUCAGCCCAGACAGAGACCUGCUGUGUAAGGAGCCUGUACAUCGACUUCAGGAAAGACUUGGGCUGGAAGUGGAUCCACCGACCGACCGGUUACCAUGCUAACUACUGCAUGGGUUCCUGCACCUACAUCUGGAAUGCUGAGAAUAAGUACUCUCAGAUUCUGGCCCUGUACAAGCACCACAAUCCCGGAGCUUCAGCCCAGCCAUGCUGCGUACCCCAGGCACUGGAACCCCUUCCCAUUCUCUACUACGUCGGCAGACAACACAAGGUGGAGCAGCUGUCCAACAUGAUUGUCAAAUCCUGCAAGUGUAGCUAAAAGUUGACAAGACCUAGAAAUUACAUGGAAGACUCCCACUUACGUGACAGUUGCUGAAAAGGAGAGCCGAGCAGGAACUGUUGAAAGUCACCCUUUGCCACGUUGGAAUCAUACCUUUCAUUGAUGUCCUGGAUAAUAUUGUAUACAUUUUUUUCCAUUGCUGUAGUGACUUUUGAAAAGGAUUAAUUUAUUUUGGGGAUGGACAGAUGUGUGCAAGCCUCACAUCAGGACCCAAGUGAUGUCGACUGGACGAUAGAUGUACGCCACAACCACGAUCAUGUAGCUGAAGGCAUGGAAAACAGCUGCUGUUGUUUUUGGGGUUUUCCCAGGGGACAGUGCAGCAGGUGUGUUUACAAAGGACAGCAGGAGAGCACACGAGGGACGCUUCGCUCCACGGAAACUCCCUCCGACUGAGAGUUUUUAGUUUUUCAACCUAUGUCAAGUCUUUACAUUUUUUUAAUGUCGUUCUUUGGUUUGUUUUUAUGAAUGAAUGUCAGCUUAUCCACAUGAAGCUUUUUCCGUGCUGUAUAAAAAUAGACUUAGUUUCCAUUCCAAGUUUGUCUUUUGUCCGAAGAUUUUUUUCUGCACUAUAGUAAACCCCUACUUCACAGCAUGAGUCUUAUUUCCAACCAAUUAUGAAAAUCUGCGACUAAAUGACACCCCCAAACAUUUUUUAUAAUUGCUCCUAAUUACAUCUUGAACUGUAAAUGUACUACAAAGUAUAAUCUCACAAGACACUUAAUUGAUCUUACAUUAGCCUUCCAAAUAAGUGGCUUACAAAAUGCCCCAAGAAAGCGGUGUAUAUCAUCUUGCCACCUGUAAAAAUACCAAUUAUGUAUAAAAGAAUAAAGUGCCCUCCGCCGUCUGUUAGUUUGAGUUUUUUUAUUAGCCACUCGGCAGAGCAAAUAUAUACUCAUGCAGCAAAGACAUUCUCGUAAUGUACACUAACAACCCAGGCAAAAUUUCUCCUUCUCCCCAACAUGCAAGCAUCUUUGAGUUGUAUCACUUGAACAUACUUCCUUGAUAGUAAUUACUACUUUCCUAUUUGCUGAUCCAUAGCACAACAUAGAGGCACCUCAGGGUGUUAAUAAAAGAGCAGAAAUAUGCACAUAAGUGAGUUUUUCAGAAUAUAGCUGUGGGUAGAUACCACAGGGGAAAAAAAUGCAAACGGGGGAAUUAGUCAAUGGUGAACUGGGAAUAUGAGGGGGUUACUGUAUUCACUUCCUCCAAAGUCAUGUGUUUUAGGAAUGAAGCAAAAACAAGUUUUAUAGUGCACUUCAUGGUUGGAUGUUGUAAAUAGAAAAAAAAUAAACACUGAUGUUA